AUGAAGGUAGUGGACCACUAUGAGAACCCAAUAAAUGUGGGUUCCUUAGACAAGAACGCCAAGAAUGUGGGGACUGGCUUGGUGGGUGCACCUGCAUGUGGGGACGUUAUGAAACUCCAGAUCCAAGUGGAUGAAAAGGGAAAGAUAGUGGAUGCUAGAUUCAAGACCUUUGGCUGUGGCUCAGCCAUUGCUUCCAGUUCUCUAGUAACAGAGUGGGUAAAGUGCAAAUCUAUUGACGAAGCUCUUGAGAUCAAGAACACUGAUAUUGCCAAAGAACUCUGCCUUCCACCAGUCAAGCUUCAUUGCUCUAUGCUUGCAGAGGAUGCUAUAAAGGCAGCCUUGGCAGACUACAGGGUCAAACAGAAGGAAACGAGGUGGUAG